AGAGACUACUUAAAGGGACCUUGACGCCGUAUCUCCUUCGUACCUAUUCGAACAUCACACACAAACACACAAACACACACACACACACAAACACAAACACAUUCUCCUCUUUUACAACUCACCGACUACUUCACAAUGGGUUCCAAAGGUCCUAGCAACAGCCUCCUAUACAAGAACUUCGAGAAGCACCCAGCUGCUCUCAUCGAGUCCGGCACAGGCAUCUAUCUCAACACCAACGAUGGCCGGCAAAUUCUGGACGCCACCAGCGGUGCUGCCGUUGCCUGCUUGGGCUAUGACAACCAAGAAGUCCAAAAGGCCAUGAUCAGCCAGAUGUCCAACAUCUCGUAUUGCCACCCGGGCUUCUACAAGACCAAGUCUGCUGAGGAUCUUGCCGAUUUUCUUGUUGAGUCGACGUACGGCCACAUGUCAAAGGCUGUUCUGUGCGGGUCGGGAUCCGAAGCCGUAGAAGUGGCGCUGAAGUUGGCCAAGACACAUUUCAGCAGUCUCGCCAUCCCCGAGCCUGACCGCACGUGCUUCAUUUCCCGAACUGGCGCCUGGCAUGGAGCUACCCUUGGUGCUCUGACUCUCGGCGACUUCAAGGGCCGCAAGGAUCCCUUUGUGUCACUGAUCCCCCAGACCGCCACUCGUGUCUCCGCCUGCAGCACGUAUCGUGGCUUGCGCGAGGGUGAGACAGAGGAGGAUUUCGUCCGCCGCUUGGCGCAGGAGCUGGACGAUGAGUUCCAGAGAGUUGGCCCCAACAAGGUCUGCGCGUUCGUGGCCGAGACUGUUGGUGGGAGUGCAAGUGGCUGCGCGCUGCCCGUUCGUGGAUACUUCCCAGCCAUGAAGGCCGUGUGCGAGAAGUACGGGGCUCUCUUGAUCCUCGACGAAGUCAUGUGCGGCAUGGGUCGCACCGGCACUCUCCACGCCUGGGAGCAGGAAGAUGUUGUCCCCGAUAUCCAAGUGGUCGGAAAGGGUCUUGGUGCCGGAUAUGGUACCAUCUCUUCUGUGCUUGUAAACUCGUGGCUCGUCGAUUCGUUCCAAAGGUCGGGCAAGGGCUUCGCUCACGGCCAGACAUACAUGUCUCAUCCCCUGGCGGCCGCCGCGGGACUCAAGGUGCAGACCAUUAUCCAGAGGGACGGCCUGGUCGAUCGAGUCCGCGAGAUGGGCAACUAUCUCGGAAAGAGGCUCACCGAGACCCUGUCGCAGCACCCGUACGUCGGCGACAUCCGUGGCAGGGGCUUGUUCUGGACCGUCGAGUUCGUGGCCGACAAGAAGACCAAGGUGCCUUUCCCGAUUAGCCUCGGGUUGAACGGCCUGUUGCACGCACGAGGUAUGAGCGAGGGGUAUGAGGUUGCCUUGUUCAACGCCAGCGGCACGUACGAUGGGUACGCCGGAGAUCACUUUUUGGUCUGCCCGCCGUACAUUGUCUCCGAGGCGGACAUUGAUGAGAUUGUCAGCAGGAUUGAGAGGGUUGUCAACGACACGUUUGCGGAUCUUGCGGCUUCCGCCAUGUGGGAGAAGAUUCGGGCCUAGAGAAUGGGCUCCCAACGAUCAUGGAUGGUAGUGCGAGGAUGGAUGUAAGUGGAAAAUAUCUGUAUAGCAAGUAUGUAAGAGUCGAAUAAUGGACGAGAAAACCCCACCUAUGUUACCCUUGAAGAAUGAAGGUUUGCCCCCUCGCUCGGUUAAUUUCUAAAGUAC